AUGAACCAUUUGGUCCCAGUAGUCCGCCGCAAUCGUCAAGUAAACUUCUCUUUCAGUGACCGAUGUUGCUGGCUUCUGUUCCGGCGGAUAAAGGAGAUAUCGUCACGGGUUAUUUUCAUUUCGCAUGAGCAGAAACUCAGGUUCUCACCGAACGUCGUCCGUAAUCAAAAGUACAACGUGUUCACGUUCAUAGCGUGCGUGUUAUUCGAGCAGUUCAAGCAGUUCCUGAACUUCUAUUUUUUGAUUAUGGCAGUGUCACAGUUCAUCCUUGCCAUCCGUGUGGGUUACUUAUCCACCUACUGGGGUCCAUUAACAUUUGUCAUAUUCGUUACUCUUUGUCGCGAGGGCUUCGACGAUUUUCGCCGUCAUAUACGCGAUCGUGAAGUGAACAGCUGCCGGUACGAAAAGCUUACGGCAAUCGAUCGGCGCAAGGUGAAAAGCUCGCAGCUGCAAGUCGGCGAUCUCACUGUAGUACAUAAAAAUCAAAGAGUUCUGGCAGAUAUGGUCCUUUUUAGAACAUCCGAAAAAUCAGGUACAUGCUUUAUUCGCACGGACCAGCUGGAUGGUAAAACUGACUGGAAGCUCAAAGUAGCCUAUCCGGCAUCUCAGCACCUUGACGAUGAUACGAAGCUAUUCAGCCUAAAUCUGCAACUUUACGCCGAUAAACCGCAGCGGGACAUUCACAGCUUCUUCGGCACUAUCAAAUAUAUCAGCGAUUCCGGUUCGAUUCAAGAAGACUCCUUAAACUUAGAAAAUGUCCUUUGGACUGAUACUGUCCUUGCUUCUGGAAAAUUGCACCUUGGGACAGUCGCUUAUACCCAAGAUACGUUUGACGAGAUUCGAAGUUGCUUGCGUUCCUCCUUCUCGUCCAACCCAAACGACGGUACGGCCAGAAAGUCGCUUGAUCCUAGGAUACUUCAGUCAGUAGAAGCCCUCGUGAUCUGCAGUAACGUCACUGCUGUUAGUGAAGAGAGUGACAAUGGCUCGAAGUCACCUUUUGAAUCGACUAAGGCAACCUCUUAUCAGGCGUCAUCGUCUGAUAAGGUGGCUCUGGUAUCUUGGGCCGACAGCAUGGGUCUCAAGCUUUACUCUCGUGACCUGCACGCGAUAACGGUCGAAGAUCCGUUUGGUAACCAUCACCGCUAUUGGAUCUUGCACAUGUUUCCGUUUACGCCUGAAAGCAGACAAACGGGCACUAUUGUUCAGGAAGAAGAAACAAAGGGGGCUGAUGUUGUGAUGAAGACAAAAGUUUGUUAUAAAGAUUGGCUGGAAGAAGAGUGCGCAAACUUGGCUCGCGAAGGACUGCGAACUCUGGUCGUGGCAAAAUCAGUUCUGAGCGACUUGGAAUACGAGAAAUUUGACGAGCAGUACAAUCAAGCGAAAAUCAGUUUGAUGAACCGCAGCAUGAAGAUCGACGCGGUCAUGGCAAGCAUCGAACGAGAUAAGAUCAGAUCUUCAUUUUGGACACGAUAGGU